UUCAACUGCCGCCCGAAUAAUAUGAUUCCUCGAAAACGGUUUCCCACUCCAAACCUCGAGAUUCCUCUCGAGUCGCGACGAACGCAACGCUCUCUCCUCCCGUAAUUCCGCUCUGCGUACGUGGCUCAACCCAGCCCAUGUCUCUCUUCUCCGUUGCCUCGUUGCUGACCACUCUCUGUUCUCAUCUCCCUCCCUUUCUUUCUCUCUGUCUCUCUGUCUCCGCGUCUCCCUCCGUGUCUACCUCAACGGACAUGGACGGGCAGACCCGUCGCGCCCGCCAUUCCUUCACUUCGCUCCUCACUUCCCUCGUCUUCCUCUUCCUCGACUUCCUCGACGCCUCCCUGUGCGUGCUGUACCGCUUCCUCGAUGCGUUCUUCGAAGGAAAGCCCUCCCCUUGUUACUGCCACGAGAGCGGCGGGGAGCGGCGGGAGGAGCGGCGCCAGCGGAGGCGACGGAGAGAGCGAGGUCUCCGAGAGUCUGUACGGCAGGAGGAAUGUUUUCCGGGAAAUGGGUAUGCUCCGAUGGGUCGAAAGGUGGGAUCUUUACGGUUCGGCAGGGAAGGUGGUGAUGAAUCAUCGCCGUAGGUGGUCUGAUUGUGGCUGUGAAUCUUGCGUUUCUUGGGCGUCCAAUGAUGCGCUGAAGCUUCACGUCGUUGUUCAGGAGCCUCUGCAAGUGAGUGUUCAGGGGAAGAAGGCCCCUGAAAAUGUGAUAUUUUUACAUGGGUUCCUCUCGUCCUCAUCGUUUUGGACAGAAGCAGUGUUCCCUAAUUUUUCCGAAUCAGCAAGGACUAACUACAGAUUCUUUGCUGUGGAUCUUUUGGGAUUUGGGAGAAGCCCGAAGCCGAGGGACUGCACCUAUACGUUGAAGGAUCACCUGGGCAUGAUUGAGAAAUCCGUGAUUAUUCCAUAUGGGUUAAAUUCUUUUCAUUUAGUUGCACAUUCCAUGGGAUGCGUAAUCACACUGGCCUUAGCUGCAAAGUAUACAAAGUCUGUGAAAUCAAUCACCAUAACUGCGCCGGUGGAAGAAAUCAUAGGGCUAUUGUCUUCACACAAAUCUCUUUCAUUUUUUUUCCCUUCAGCCAUGUUUUCCCUCUUUGAAAAGAAAUGCAAGCUUAACAGCCCUGAAAAGCUUGCUGAGAAGAGAUUGUGGCCUCCUUUGCUGUUUGGCUCAGCGGUCAUGUCAUGGUAUGAGCACCUGGGUCGAUGUGUCUGCUUCCUUCUUUGCCGCAACCACAGGACAUGGGAGAGAAUCCUGAAGCUUGUUACCCGGAGGAGUGAUCUGCAUUUUGCAGCUGUCGACUUGACGAGGCACACCCAUCACUCAGCCUGGCAUACCAUGCAUAAUGUGAUAUGUGGGGGAGCGAAAUUCUUGGAUGACUACUUGGAACGUCUAAGGAAAUCCAGGGCAAGAAUCGUGAUUAUUCACGGCAAUUGCGACAAGGUUGUCCCGUUGGAAUGCAGCAGCAACAUCAAGAUGAAGAUCCCCCAUGCGGAGGUCGAAAUAAUUCCGAAUGCUAGCCACACCACGGUUAUCCUCGGCAGAGAGCAGGCUUUUACUCGGAAACUGGAGCAUGUUUGGGCAAAUUUGUGAGUCUAGGACCGGAACUGGAUCGAGGAUUGGUGCUCGAAAGAUGGUAGCGAGUGAUAUUCUUUGGCUAAAUCUUUGGCCAUUUAUCAUAAUUGCUUGCCUGAAGCAUUUUUCGUUCAUUGCACGAUAAUUAACUAGUGAGAAACUAGAUUUUCUUUGAUCCGGGAAUCGUGUACAGAUGAUUAAAUCUGUCAGCAGUCAUAAAUCAUUGUUUCAUGGAUUGUUACGCCCCAAAUGAAGAGCCAGCGUGAUGGCAUGAAUCGUAUUC